GUGGAAUUGACCUGUCUAAAGGCGGUCUCUCCCUCUCUAGGGUUUUGUUCUUCCUCUUUCGUCAUGACGAAGAGCAACCGUCAGUGAAUUUUGUUCGUGCAAGCAGGCUCUUGACCAGGGAUGCAACGCUUUGGCAGUCGUGGCUCGUCUUCUGCUGCUGUUUCUGGUCGACGGGCGAGGGUAGACAAAGAAAAGGCGGAUAAGUUGUGGCGGAGCUUGGGUUCAAUUCAACAGCAAGGGAUAUCAAAGGAGGAUAUCGUCAAUCAAUACAAAAGCAUGACUAUUGAGAUGGAUGAACGGCAGGCUCGUCCCCCUCCCGAGCCACCGCCAUGGAGUGCAAGAGAGUCUAAGGUUUGGAAGAAGAUAAAUGAAAUUUGUCUUGAUUCCGUUUUAUUUUGUUUGUGUUUUUCUUUCGAAUUGCAUGUUGUUUCGAGUGUGUUCUUAUUUCCUAGUAGAAAAAUUCUAGAAUUUAGGUCGGGUGAUGAGAAGUCUGGUUUGCCUGUCAUUGGCUCAGUGCCCAUUACAGAAUCAACGAAUUUUAUUUCUUCUACAGAGGUGAUAGAUUCUAAGUCUGAAUCAAGAGCGGACGAUAAACAAAAGGAUUUUUAUCAUUUUGUCUCUUGCUUUUUCUCUAAUUGUAUUGUCAACCGAGUAAAAAACAUUUUGUUGAUUUAAUGUAUUUGUUGGUUUAACGUUAAAAAA